AAAAAAAGCUUCGAGGGAACAUUGUAGAAAACCCUAACUUCAACGGGAACCCAAAAUCGGAAUCCCCAGAUCGAUAGGAAACAAAAAGGGCCCUGAUAUUGAUUCUCUUUUAGAUUCUGAGUUUCGAUUUUGGAAUGUAGUGUGCAUAAGAAACCUAUCUAUUUAUUGAUUUGAAUUCACUGUACCUUAGUAAUGUCAAGUGACCGGCGAGAAGGUCAACAGGAGACGACGGUGAACGGUAACGGAGCUGUUGGAAGUAAUUCUCAACCGGUGGCUCCUACGACGAUGAGAGCUACGGCUACGAAGAACUCUGGCCAGAGACUGAGGCAAAAUCCUAACAACGAGCAUAGGCCGGAUAGCUACGAGGAUCUGCAGCUCGAUUUCCCCAAUUCGAUGUAUUCUAGUCUGGAGAAGUACUUGCCGCCGAGUAUUCUCGUCUUGAGUAGGGAAGAGAAAGUGAAAUUCAUGACAGAGAUUAUGCUCAGGCACCUUCCCCAUGGAGAGCGUUCCAGAGCUCAAAGGCACAAAGACUAUAGGCAGAAAAUUAUAUCAAAUUAUCAGCCACUUCACAGAGAGUUGUAUACUCUAGUUCCCGCACUAUGUUUCGUUCCCACCUUCAUAAAUGCGAUAAAUGAAGGCACAGAGGAAAGCAUCAAAAGCAUAUUGUCUCAACCGUCUACUGGUGUUUUCGUCUUUGACAUGCUCCAGCCUAUUUGCGAGAUGAUGCUCUCCGAGAUAGACAAUUUUGAACAUUGGGUGGGCGAGACAAAAUUCCGAAUCAUGAGACCAAACACCAUGAAUAAAUACGGUGCCGUGCUUGACGACUUUGGUCUGGAUACCAUGCUUGACAAACUCAUGGAGUGUUUUAUACGUCCCAUUUCCAAAGUAUUAUUUAAUGAUGUGGGUGGAGCAACUCUGGACUCUCACCAUGGGUUUGUUGUUGAAUAUGGUAAAGAUAGGGAUGUUGAUUUAGGCUUUCAUGUGGAUGAUUCAGAAGUAACACUGAAUGUAUGUUUGGGUAACCAAUUUGUGGGAGGGGAGUUAUUCUUCCGAGGCACACGGUGUGAGAAACACGUUAACACAGCAACAAAGUCAGAUGAAAUAUUUGACUAUUGUCAUGUACCGGGGCAAGCUGUACUUCACCGUGGGCGCCACCGCCACGGUGCCAGAGCCACAACAGCUGGACAUCGGGUCAAUAUGCUUCUAUGGUGCAGAAGCUCUGUGUUUAGAGAGCUCAAAAGUCAUCAGAAGGAAUUCUCCAGCUGGUGUGGAGAGUGCUUUUGCGAAAAGGAGGAGGAGAAAGGGCGGGCAAUUGAUGCUCUAAGAAAGAAAUUGUUCAAAGUCGCACGUGUAACGCAAGCUUGAAGAAAUCAAUGAAAUGAAACCUCUUGUGCACAGCUUUUCCAAUGAUUCUGGUGUUGACAACUCAUCAUCAAAAACAUUAGAUUUGAGAAACCUAUCAGAACAAAACAUUAAUACAUACCAUUUUUUACUGUGCCACCUAAACUUUGAGUAAACACGUCUAUUUUA